AUGACUAUGAUUCUGGGGAAGGUUCUUUCGUUGGACCCUGAUGUGGGUCGGGCCACCGACCAUUAUGUUGAUGAUAUAAUGGUGCAGGAGUCCAUAGUGAGUGCUGAUCGUGUGCGGAAGCAUUUGCAGGCAUAUGGACUGGAAUCGAAAGAACCAGAGCCUCUUGUUGGUGGUCGGGUGCUUGGAAUUGCUUUGAGCAAGUCACCGAGUGGGCAUCUGGAGAUGUCGCGGGGGAGUGAACUCCCUGAGGCAGAUAGUGGAGUCACUCUUACUAAGAGAGGCUUGUUUUCAUUAUGUGGCCGCCUGACAGGACAUUACCCUGUGGCCGGGUGGUUGAGGGCCUCGUGUAGCUUCUUGAAGCGACUCGGGUCCGAAGGCUCAUGGGAUGAGCCGGUUCAGAGCAGUGUGCAUGCCAGCUCUCUUGCUCUGGGAGUGGUUAUUCAGGUGAAUAACGAUAUUGUGGAGGACGCUUCGUGGCUUCGGAAGAAGUCGGACAGCCUCCACAUCAAUGUGGCUGAAUUGGAGGCAGUCGGUCGGGGAAUCAAUCUGGCUAUUCAGUGGGGAUUCAAAGCCUUCACUGUGGCCACCGAUUCCCGGACGGUAUUAUCUUGGUUGGAUAAUACAGUUGAGGGGCGUGAUCGUGUCCGCACGAAGGGCGCCGCGCAGAUGCUUAUAAAGCGUCGUUUGCUGGUGAUUAAGCAGGUCAUCGCCGAGUACGAGCUGUCAGUUAUUUUUCGAUUUGUUCCUACAAUCGAGAAUAAGGCUGACAGGAUGACUCGAGUACCGAAAAGGUGGCUCGGUCAUUGUGAGUCCGUUGACUCGAGAGCCGACGAGUUGGUCUCGGCAGCUCUGUGUACCGGAAGGACGGUGACGGAUGCCAUAUGGGCGGCUCAUCUGCCGCACCAUUUGGGCGUCGACCGCACACUUUAUCUUGGGAAGCAAAUCAGGUCUGACCUGACGCGUGACCAGGUGAAGCGUGUUAUUGCAGGGUGCGAAGCGUGCCAACGCAUCGACCCUGCAAUGAGGGCUGAGAACCUCGUUGGCCAGGGUGAGCUGGCCGUUGAGAAAGAUUGGUGUCGGGUUGCAGUCGAUGUGACCCAUCACUGCGGCAGUCUAUAUCUUUCAAUGGUAGACUGUGGACCAUCGAGGUUCGCCAUCUGGCGUAAGCUACCGAAUGAGUCGGCAGCCGCCAUUGUUGCUCAACUUCGCCAAGUGGUGAUUGAGCGAGGACCGUUUGUUGAAUUGCUGAUGGAUAAUUCUACGGCUUUCAGGUCGGCGUCUGUAGAGGAGUUUGCUACAGAAUGGGGAAUCUCUCUGAGAUUUCGUGCUGCCUAUGUUCCCAGUGGAAAUGGGAUCGUAGAGCGGAACCAUCGCACCAUCAAGAGGAUGGCUGCGCGGGGGAGGAUUACUCCCGAGGAGGCUACCUUCUGGUACAAUGUGACGCCUCGUGACUCUGAAUGCCACACGGUCCCGAGUGGCAGGUUGUUCAGGUAUCCGUGGCGGAUACCGUAUGAUGUCAACGUGAAGGUUGACGAAGAUGGAGCAAAGAAUGCUUUCUCUGUCGGUGAUGAAGUCUGGGUUAAACCUCCAGUUCCUUCAUGCACAAAACGGUGGGCCCCAGGCCGAGUGACUGCUGUGAAGUCGAAGCACAUCGUGUGCGUUGAUGGGAUGCCUAGGCAUGUGCGCGACGUUAGAAGACGUCGCGGGUCAGUCAGUAAUGACACAGCUGAGUCAUCUGAUGACGGCGAGUGGCCAAAUGGCGAAGGUGGCAGACCGGUCACCGAUAACGGUGAGAAUGUCUCGACCGAAGCAGGUCGUGAUUCACGGAAGGCACAAGAACCUGCUCCUGUUGAGAGGCCUGUUGAUGUUGGCCCUGAGUCGGCCGGUGAGGGAGAUAGUAACCUAGCUCCUGAAGAUUUGGGACCUCGUGAGUACGGGAACGAACCCGACGAGGGAGGUCCGAGACGAUCCUGUAGGGAACGUCGGCCGCCUAGGUGGCAAAUGGACUACGUCCCUUAG